AUGGCUCCCUGCUUAACUAACUUCUCCUCUUUCCACCAUCUGAAGUUCGCAGAAAAAGACAUUAAGAUAAGGAAACCCAUCGUGGAGAAGAUGCGUCGAGAUCGCAUUAACGGCUGCAUAGAGCAGCUCAAGCUCAUCCUGGAGAAGGAGUUCCACAAAGAGGACCCCAAUACCAAGCUGGAGAAAGCCGACAUCCUGGAGAUGACCGUGAGAUUCCUGAGGCAGCAGCAGCAGCCGCAGCCGGCUCCAUCUCAGAGGGACUACAGCAAGGGUUACUCACAGUGCUGGAGGGAGUCUCUGCAGUUCCUGUCUGGAAGCCCCAAGAGAGACACCACCACCACCUCCGCUGGACCUCUUCAGGGGCUCCAACAGCAGCUCUCCUCCCAGGCCCAGAGAUCCUGCAGCAGCCCGAUGGGCCGCUCCACCUCCCCAGUUUCCUCCAUCUUCCGUCACACCGCGACGCUCCAGGACAAAGGAGUUAAAGAUCCAGUCUGGAGGCCCUGGUAG